GUGUAUUUCAUUUAAGUUGGCCGUCAUCAGCCGUCAUUUUGUUAUAUUUGUAUAUUUUGUCGGCAAUUUUUAUGUGAUUAAUCAUAAAAAUGGCUAAAUUAGUCGAUAUAUAUAAUUGUGAUAAAGAUCCCGUUAUCAAGAGAAAACAACUGCCGUUAACUAUUUACGACAAUUUAACUAUGAUUAUGGAUCUAAAUACCAUGGGCCUUAUUUUUGAUAGUCCUCAAGUAAAAGGUCGGGAGUAUGAUGAAUUUAUCCGCAAAUACAGAACUCUGACGACAGAUGAAUUAAAGUCGGCACUUAGAGUUGACGCUUCCGAUAUAUUUAAUGUUUUAAAUCAAAGCAUUCCUUGUGUUGGUUGUCGAAGAAGUGUGGAAAGACUUUUUUAUCAAUUAUGUAAAUCAGGACAUCCAACUUUAGAUCCAUUAAUUUUGACACCAGAUGAAAUUAUGACUAUAAGAGAAGAUAAAAUAACAAAUCCACAGUCCUUAGCGACAUUGUUAAAUGGACACAGUUCUGGUCUUGAAUGCCUUAUCUUGAGUCAACCUAGAUGGAAAAAGUCCCAGCGGUGUACAUUACAUUCAUUAGAAGCUGGCACUGCCAGAGGUUGGGGUGCCACAUCUGGCUGUGGUUGGGGCUGGGGUGCGUGGGGGUGGGGUGGUCGCACUGCAUGGUGUGCAGCGUGGGACGCCAUGCGUACCUCAGCAAGAGAACAUGUCACCUUAGUUCAUUUUAACACUUUACAUGAUACUCUUCACAACUAUCUCAGAAAACACAGAUUUUGUGCCGACUGUAAAACUAAGGUAUUAAGAGCUUAUCAGUUAUUAGUUGAAGAGAAAGAGCCACAAAAAGAGAAAGGUUAUGUUGGUGCCUUAUACGGAGGUAUAAAACGGUGUUUGUUAGACAAACAUCUGCACUUACAAGCAAAGACAGACUACAUUGCACACCUUAUAGCUAGAGCUGAGCCUGAACUGUUUGGAAACCAUCGUGAAAAACAUGCCAAAACUUUAGAAAUUGCACAGGAAGAGGUCCUAAUUUGCCUUGGAAUAUGCAUCUAUGAGCGGCUGCAAAGAAUUUCACUUAGACUGCGCGAAGAAGAAAACACAUGUCAAAUCCUUGCAGCAGUUGGAGUAGAAGCAUUGUAUCGUAAAUUUGAGACGGCCGUUGAACUCAAGAGUGGUGUAUCAAAACUUCAACUGUUAUAUGAAGAAAUAACACAAGAAGAAUUAACAAGACAGCAACGAAAAGAACAGAAAAAACUUAAAAAAAGGAAGAAGAAGGAACGCCAGGCUGUUGAGGGCAAAUGCAAAGAAGCUGAUUCAGAGGAACCUGAAGACAAGUGCCAAUGUGAAGAAUGUUUAUUAGAAGAAAGAGAUACUCCAACCGAUUUGCUAACAACUCGUGAUUUCAACCAGUGCUUUGAUGGAAUACAAUCAAAUGGUGAUAGUUGUCUAUCAUGUCAAGAAGAUUUUACAAAACUUUGUUCUCCAAAGAAGUUAGGAAAAAAACUAACUAAAAAUGGUAACUUAUCACCUACUGAACAUUCUCAAGACUGUGGUUACUCAUCUGGUAAUAAUGGUGGUUGCUGUGAAACAAUGUCUGGUUCAUCUUCUUUAAUGAGUUCUCCAGAAGGUUCUGAGGUUGCUUGUUCAGAAGGAUUUUGUAAUCACGAACGAGGAGAUUGUUUGGACAUGCCCAAACAUGACAAAAUUUCAUGCACUGGUUUCACACUUUCUCUGCAAGAAAUGUUGGACACAUGUUCAUCAGAUGAAGAAAAAGACACCAGUUAUAUUCCCAUUGAAGAAGUACUGGAAUUUAAAUCACGGAGAAACAUUACAGAAAAAAGGCAAGAGCUAAGACAGAAUUUAAGACAAAAGUUUGCUCAGUUAUGUGUGAAUACACCACAACUACCAUCUGUAAUGCUUAAGCAGGGUAAAAAUCCCGUAUAAUAUUGUAAUAAAAUAUUGUAACAUUCAAACUGCACAUGACUCAAAAAGCCUCUGUCAGUAGGUAAAAACAUCUGUAUUAAACAGAUAUAAAUUCAUAUAAAAUUUUAUUUUACAAUAUUUAUAUUUAUUUUAUAUUAAUUCAAAUUGAUUGCUCAUUAAAAGUUAAAUUAAAAAGCAUUUUUUAUACAAUUUUUAUUAAUGCUAUAAAAUCAUAAAAAUAAUUUUAGUAACAAUUUCCAUUUUGUAGGACAGUUCACAUAAACAAUAAUCAUGUUCCUGAAAUAUAUUCGAAUCCUAUCAAUUAUGUCAAUGAUUCUUAUGUAGGUAUAUUUGAAAAGGUGCUUAUAGCAUAUGUAUUAAUAUAUACAAUUAUAUUAUAUAAUUAUAAGUUUUAUUCAUGCAGUGCAAGUUUGAAUGAUUCCAAGUUUUUAUGAUAUUAUGAAAUUAUUGACUGGAUAACACCAGCAUUUAACAAAUAUUUACUGUUUAAAAUGUUAAAGCUUUGUAAUGAAAUAUAGUAGCAUUUUGAUCAAAUCAUUUAAUUUUCAUGCUUUAUGUGACUCAAUAUAUUAUGUGGUACACAAAUGAGUUAUUUUUCGCUCUUUAUGAGUAUGCUUUAACAGCAUGUUGUUGGGAGUUACUAUGGCUAGUUUGCCAAUGUUGUAAAAUCUGAAAACAUUUGUAACUCAGUCUUAAAUAUACUAUCGAGUCUAAA